UGUAGCCUAAAUCUCGUCAGCUCUCAUGGGACUGAGGCAUUCGUCGCGUUGUUUGCUGCUACGGCGGAAGAUGGCGGAGGCGGACAGCUCAGAGAGGCAGCAGCCUGUAAUGUCCCCCAUUUCUCAGUCUGCUCAGCCCUCCCCACUGCCUAAACCAGUGCCUACUACCCACCAUGUGCCCUGCGUUCCCCAUACGCCUCAUGUAGCAGCACUGGCCACCUGUCCUGGUCGAGGCAAGAUUGCCAAGUUCAUCAGCCCCGAGGAAAUGACAUCACGGGACUACUACUUUGACUCUUAUGCUCACUUUGGCAUCCAUGAGGAGAUGCUGAAAGAUGAGGUGCGGACACUGACCUACAGGAAUGCCAUGUACCACAACAAGCACGUGUUCAAAGAUAAAAUAGUCCUGGAUGUCGGUAGCGGCACUGGAAUCCUCUCAAUGUUUGCUGCCAACGCCGGUGCCAAACAUGUGUACGGGAUUGAAUGCUCAAGUAUAUCUGAAUAUUCAGAGAAGAUUAUCAAGUCGAAUCACCUGCACAAUGUCAUUACCAUCUUCAAGGGCAAGGUGGAGGAGGUGGAGCUGCCCGUGGAGAAGGUGGACAUUAUAAUCUCAGAGUGGAUGGGCUACUGCCUUUUCUACGAAUCCAUGCUCAACACGGUCAUCUUUGCCAGGGACAAGUGGCUGAAACCUGGAGGCCUGAUGUUCCCUGACAGAGCAGCGCUCUACGUGGUAGCCAUUGAAGACCGGCAGUACAAGGACUUUAAGAUACAUUGGUGGGAAAACGUAUAUGGGUUCGACAUGAGUUGCAUUCGCAAUGUGGCCAUCAAAGAGCCUCUGGUAGAUGUGGUAGAUCCCAAGCAAGUGGUGACGAACGCCUGCCUUCUGAAGGAAGUGGACAUCUACACUGUGAAGCCAGAGGACCUGUCCUUCACCUCAGCCUUCUGUCUGCAGAUUCAGCGCAAUGAUUACGUCCAUGCUCUGGUCACCUAUUUCACCAUUGAAUUCACCAAAUGUCACAAGAAGACUGGUUUCUCCACUGCUCCAGAUGCCCCAAGCACACACUGGAAACAGACUGUGUUUUAUUUAGAGGACUACCUAACUGUCAAGAAGGGAGAGGAGAUCUUUGGCAGUCUUGCUGUCAGGCCCAACGAGAAGAAUGUGCGUGACCUGGAGUUCACCCUUGAGCUAGAUUUUAAAGGACAGCUAUGCGAGGCCGCCAUUUCCCACGACUACAAAAUGCGUUAAGAACAACAGACCAAGCCGUGCCGCAGACCUAGCCUCAGCCCCUCUGGUCAGCGAGGGGGAGGGCACAGGCUCUCCAACAAGCAUUCCAGUUUGCCAGGGAGGGCAUCUGGGCGCAUCUGAUUGGAUGCCAUCAAGCCAGCAUCUAGGUGAUGUCAUCACAAUAGGCACGUAUCUAUCAGCAAUAGUGCCAUCAUGUGUACCAACUUGAUUGACUCGGGCACCUCAUUGAAUGUAUCAUCCUACUUGAUUUUUUGGUCUGUUUCUGAGAAUUAUUUUGAUUGAUGUAUGAAAUGAAAAUCAUUUAUUUAUUUAUUAUUAUUAUUAUUAUUAUUAUUAUUAUUACAAUGAAUGGAAAACGAUUAACUUGUGUGAUGUUAAGAGGAUUAUAGCACAGUCAUUAACUGUUUUACCUUUAGUAACAUUUAUUACAUAUUGUAUAAUUGUAUAGAGAGUACAGUAAUUCAUUGCUUUAUUUUAGCAAGUAUCUGCAUGUGAAUCCUUUUUCAUUUUUUAAUUUCAGAAAGAUGUGAAAUGGAAUUUAUUUCUUUAAUUACUGAGAACUUUGGUGCCAGAAAAAAGAGAAGAAUGCCUCAGAACAGUAACAAACAUGAUGCAAUUAUGCCAAGUACCACUUUGUUUAGAGAUCGGAUGAUCAAAGAAUAUGAAAAAAAAAAAGAAUGUGGUGAUGAAUAAAAUGUC